CCCCCCCACCCCCAGCUGCUACCUUCGCCAUGGCGGCCGCCGCCGCCGCCUGCCGCCUUCUCCGGCUGGCACCGCGCCGUCUCCGGAAACCAAGGCAUUCCCUCUUUCCUACGCCACUCGCUCUCUCCUCGGCCUGGCGCCGCUACUGCGCCGCCGCGCCCCCCGUCGCGGCCGCGGCGACGCCGACGGGGGACGCCGUGGGGGAGUUCCGCCGGAGGAUCAGGGUGGCGGAAGUGAAGGGCGGGGAGGACCAAGGCGCCGCCUGGGUCGGGAAGGAGCUUACCGUGCGCGGGUGGGUGCGCACCUGCCGCGCCCAGAGGACCGUCACAUUCGUCGAGGUUAAUGAUGGAUCUUGCUUGUCCAAUAUGCAAUGUGUGUUAACUCCUGAAACAGAAGGCUAUGACCAGAUAGACUCUAUCAAUACAGGGGCCUCAGUGUUAGUGGAUGGAGUUGUAGCAAGCAGCCAAGGCGGUAAGCAGAAAGUGGAGCUAAAGGUUUCAAAGAUCAUUGUGAUUGGGGAGAGUGAUCCCACAUCUUUUCCUAUACAGAAGAAACGAGCAUCAAGAGAAUUUCUGAGGACUGUGGCACAUCUCCGUCCUCGGACAAACACUUUUGGUGCAGUGGCAAGAGUAAGAAAUGCUCUGGCAUAUGCAACUCAUAAAUUUUUUCAAGACAGUGGAUUUAUUUGGGUAUCAAGCCCUAUUAUUACUGCCUCAGAUUGUGAAGGAGCGGGGGAGCAGUUCUAUGUCACUACUUUGGUUUGUCAACGCAACAAGACGGAGCAGCUUCAUCCAGCCGGCAUAUUGCAGCCCUUGACAGUGCCAUCUCGUGUUUGGGAAGACAUCUCCAUGGAUUUCAUUGAGGCACUUCCGAAGCUUUCAAAUAGUGCUGAAGGAGGCUGCCUAGUCAACAGCAUUCCUUCGAAGGAUGGAAGGGUCGAUUGGUCACAGGAUUUCUUCUGCAAACCAGCAUUUCUGACGGUGUCUGGACAACUGAAUGGCGAAACAUAUGCUUCAGCUCUAUCUGAUAUUUACACAUUUGGUCCCACAUUUAGGGCUGAAAAUUCAAACACUUCAAGGCAUUUGGCUGAAUUUUGGAUGAUUGAGCCUGAACUUGCCUUUGCUGAUCUAAAUGAUGACAUGGCGUGUGCAAGUGCAUAUCUCCAGUAUGUAGUAAAGUAUAUUCUUGAGAACUGCAAAGAAGAUAUGGUUUUUUUUGAUACGUGGGUUGAGAAAGGGAUCAUAGAUAGACUAAAUAAUGUAGCUGAGAAAAACUUUGUUCAGAUGUCAUAUUCUGAUGCUAUCAAGCUACUUAUUGGGUCCAACAAGAAAUUCGAGUUCCCGGUAAAGUGGGGGUUGGAUCUGCAAAGUGAGCAUGAAAGAUAUAUCACAGAAGUCGCAUUUGGUGGCAGUCCUGUAAUAAUUAGAGAUUAUCCAAAGGAAAUCAAAGCUUUCUAUAUGCGACAAAAUGAUGAUGGGAAAACAGUUGCGGCAAUGGAUCUAUUGGUUCCUCGGGUAGGUGAACUUAUUGGAGGAAGCCAAAGAGAAGAACGACUUGAUUACCUUGAAGGUCGGCUGGAUGAAUCAAAUCUUAACAAAGAUAGCUACUGGUGGUAUUUGGAUCUGCGACGAUAUGGAUCAGUUCCUCAUGCUGGUUUUGGCCUUGGAUUUGAACGGCUUGUACAGUUUGCAACCGGAAUAGACAACAUCAGAGAUGCCAUUCCAUUUCCCAGGGUUCCUGGUUCUGCAGAGUUUUAGCACUUGAAGAGUGCGUGUAUAAUCUCUAAAAGCAUUCUUGCCUUGGACUGGAGAAAACCUUACGUUGAUUUGUUCAUUGUAAAGAGUUUACCUGACUGAUUUAUAAUCUGCAGGAGUGUACUGUAUCAGCAAAUUCCCUUUGCAAAUUCGUUGAAUGCUGGGAUUUUAGUCGAUGAA